AUGUGCCUGUCACUGGGGGAAGAUGAAGUAGUACUCCAGUGCAUUGCGAACAUUCACAAGGAGCAGAGGAAGUUCUGCCUGGCAGCCGAAGGACUUGGCAACCGUCUGUGCUUCUUGGAGCCCACCUCAGAUGCCAAGCACAUCCCUCCAGACCUCUGCAUCUGCAAUUUUGUGCUGGAACAGUCCCUCUCAGUCAGAGCCCUACAAGAAAUGCUAGCCAACACAGGUGAAAGUGGUGGUGAAGGGUUUCAAAAGAAGGCAGCACAAGGGGGUGGCCACCGGACCCUGCUGUAUGGCCAUGCAAUUCUUCUGCAGCACUCAUUCAGUGGGAUGUAUCUAACAUGCUUGACCACAUCGAGAUCCCAGACAGAUAAGCUUGCCUUUGACGUAGGUCUACAGGAACAUGCCACAGGAGAAGCCUGUUGGUGGACCAUACAUCCUGCUUCCAAACAGAGGUCUGAGGGAGAGAAGGUUCGGAUUGGUGAUGACCUAAUCCUCGUCAGUGUGUCUUCUGAAAGAUACCUUCAUCUGUCCAUAUCCAAUGGCAACAUCCAGGUGGACGCCUCCUUCAUGCAAACUCUGUGGAAUGUGCAUCCUACAUGCUCAGGAAGUAGCGUCGAGGAAGGGUACCUACUUGGUGGACAUGUAGUACGUCUUUUCCAUGGCCACGAUGAGUGUUUAACAGUUCCAUCCACAGACCAAAAUGAUUCCCAACACAGGAGGUUGUUCUAUGAAGCUGGAGGAGCUGGGACUCGAGCCAGGUCUCUGUGGAGAGUGGAGCCUCUUCGGAUAAGCUGGAGCAGCAGCAAUGUCAGGUGGGGCCAGCCUUUCCGACUCCGGCAUCUCACCACAGGCCACUACUUGGCCUUGACAGAGGACCAAGGCCUUCUUCUGCAAGACCGGGCAAAGUCAGACACCAAGUCCACAGCCUUCUCUUUCCGGGCAUCCAAGGAAAUCAAAGAGAAAUUGGAUUCCAGUCACAAGCGAGAUAUAGAAGGCAUGGGAGUUCCGGAAAUCAAGUAUGGAGAUUCUGUCUGCUUUGUCCAGCAUGUAGCAAGUGGUCUAUGGGUCACCUACAAAGCACAAGAUGCCAAAACAUCCCGCCUAGGACCUCUGAAAAGAAAGGUCAUCCUCCAUCAGGAAGGCCACAUGGAUGAUGGGCUGACACUGCAGAGAUGCCAGCGGGAGGAGUCCCAGGCUGCCCGGAUCAUCAGAAACACAACAGCCCUAUUCAGCCAGUUCCUCAGUGGAAACAACCGUACAGCUGCCCCUGUCACCCUCCCGAUAGAAGAGAUCCUGCAGACCCUACGGGACUUGAUUGCCUACUUCCAGCCCCCAGAGGAGGAGAUGCGGCAUGAAGACAAGCAGAACAAGCUCCGCUCCCUCAAGAACAGACAGAACCUUUUCAAGGAAGAGGGAAUGCUGGCCCUGGUGUUGAACUGCAUUGACCGCUUAAAUAUCUACAACAGCGUGGCCCACUUUGCAGGGAUUGCCAGGGAAGAGAGCGGCAUGGCCUGGAAAGAAGUUCUAAACCUCCUGUACAAGCUACUGGCGGCUCUCAUUCGUGGAAACAGAAACAACUGUGCGCAAUUCUCCAAUAAUCUUGAUUGGCUAAUCAGUAAAUUGGACAGACUAGAAUCUUCCUCAGGUAUUUUGGAGGUUUUGCACUGCAUCUUGAUUGAAAGCCCAGAAGCCUUAAAUCUGAUCACUGAGAGUCACAUCAAGUCCAUCAUCUCCCUGUUGGAUAAGCACGGGCGGAACCACAAGGUUCUUGAUGUCCUGUGCUCCCUCUGUCUCUGCAACGGGGUCGCCGUAAGAGCCAACCAGAACUUGAUCUGUGAUAACUUACUGCCCCGGAGAAACCUGCUCCUGCAGACACGGCUGAUCAACGAUGUCACCAGUGUCCGGCCAAACAUCCUCCUGGGCGUUGCCGAGGGCUCAGCCCAAUACAAGAAGUGGUACUUUGAGCUAGUUAUCGACCAGGUGGACCCCUUCCUGACGGCAGAGCCUACCCAUCUGCGGGUGGGCUGGGCCUCCUCAGGCUACGCCCCGUACCCAGGAGGUGGAGAAGGAUGGGGAGGCAACGGCGUGGGUGAUGACCUACACUCCUAUGGCUUCGACGGACUUCAUCUUUGGUCAGGCCGGAUCCCCAGAGCUGUGGCCUCCAUCAACCAGCACCUGCUGAGGGCAGACGACGUGGUGAGCUGCUGCCUAGACCUCGGGGUGCCCAGCAUCUCCUUCCGCAUCAAUGGGCAGCCUGUGCAGGGGAUGUUUGAGAACUUCAGCACAGAUGGGCUCUUCUUCCCAGUGAUGAGCUUUUCGGCCGGUGUCAAAGUACGUUUCCUGAUGGGCGGACGUCAUGGAGAAUUUAAGUUUCUGCCUCCCUCUGGCUAUGCCCCCUGCUAUGAAGCCUUACUUCCAAAAGAGAAGAUGAGGUUGGAGCCUGUCAAAGAAUAUAAACGCGACUCUGAUGGCGUCAGAGACCUUCUGGGCACCACCCAGUUCCUCUCCCAAGCCUCCUUCAUCCCAUGCCCAAUAGACACCAGUCAGAUUGUUUUGCCACCUCACCUGGAGAAGAUCCGAGACAGACUGGCUGAAAACAUCCAUGAGCUUUGGGGAAUGAAUAAAAUAGAGCUCGGCUGGACUUUUGGCAAAAUACGGGAUGACAAUAAAAGACAACACCCCUGUCUUGUAGAGUUUUCAAAGCUCCCUGAAACUGAGAAGAAUUAUAACCUGCAAAUGUCAACUGAAACCUUAAAAACUCUUCUGGCCCUGGGGUGCCACAUUGCUCAUUUUAAUCCAGCUGCUGAGGAAGAUCUCAAGAAGGUCAAGCUGCCUAAAAACUACAUGAUGUCCAAUGGCUAUAAGCCAGCCCCUUUGGAUUUGUCUGAUGUGAAGCUGUUACCUCCUCAAGAAAUUUUAGUAGAUAAGCUUGCAGAAAAUGCACACAAUGUUUGGGCAAAAGACAGAAUAAAACAAGGAUGGACAUAUGGCAUUCAGCAGGAUUUGAAGAACAAGAGAAAUCCCCGUCUGGUCCCAUAUGCACUCCUGGACGAGCGGACCAAGAAGUCGAGCAGAGACAGCCUCCGUGAAGCUGUCCGAACAUGUGUUGGUUACGGGUAUAACAUUGAGCCAGCAGACCAAGAGCUAGUAGCUGAUCCAGCUGUGGAAAAAGUCAGCAUAGACAAGAUCCGAUUUUUCCGGGUAGAGCGGUCUUACGCAGUGCGCUCUGGGAAGUGGUAUUUUGAGUUUGAAGUGGUGACUGGAGGAGAUAUGCGGGUCGGCUGGGCCAGGCCAGGAUGCCGGCCAGAUGUUGAGCUGGGGGCUGAUGACCAAGCCUUUGUGUUUGAAGGCAGCAGGGGCCAACGUUGGCAUCAAGGGAGCGGAUAUUUUGGGCGAACAUGGCAGCAAGGAGAUGUGGUCGGAUGCAUGAUUAACCUGGAUGAUGCUUCAAUGAUCUUCACACUGAAUGGGGAACUGCUGAUCACCAGUAGAGGCUCUGAGCUUGCCUUCACUGACUACGAAAUCGAGAAUGGAAGAAUGACAAAAGGCUUUGUGCCCAUCUGCUGCUUAGGGCUUUCUCAGAUUGGCCGCAUGAAUCUUGGGACAGAUGCCAGUACCUUCAAGUUUUACACCAUGUGCGGCCUCCAGGAGGGCUUUGAGCCUUUUGCUGUCAACAUGAACCGAGACAUUGCCAUGUGGUUCAGCAAGCACCUCCCGACAUUUGUCAACGUGCCAAAGGAUCAUCCGCACAUAGAGGUUGUGAGGAUCGAUGGCACCAUGGACAGCCCUCCAUGCCUCAAGGUGACACACAAGACAUUUGGCACUCAGCACAGCGAUGCCAACAUGAUCUACUGCCGCCUGAGCAUGCCUGUGGAGUGCCACUCCUCCUUCAGCCACAGCCCCUGUCUGGACAGUGACGCUUUCCAGAAAAGGAAACAGAUGCAAGAAAUUCUCUCUCAUACAACAACACAGUGCUACUAUGCCAUCCGCAUCUUUGCUGGGCAGGACCCCUCCUGCGUCUGGGUUGGAUGGGUUACUCCAGACUAUCACUUGUAUAGUGAUAAGUUUGACCUGAAUAAAAACUGCACAGUGACUGUCACUCUUGGAGAUGAAAGAGGCCGAGUCCACGAAAGUGUGAAACGCAGCAACUGUUACAUGGUUUGGGGAGGGGACAUCGUGGCUGGUUCUCAAAGGUCAAGUCGGAGCAACGUGGAUCUGGAAAUUGGGUGCCUCGUGGAUCUGGCGAUGGGCUUGCUGUCCUUCUCCGCUAAUGGAAAGGAGCUCGGCACCUGCUACCAGGUGGAACCCAACACCAAAGUAUUCCCAGCAGUCUUCCUGCAGCCUACAAGCACUUCCUUGUUUCAGUUUGAGCUUGGAAAGCUGAAGAAUGCAAUGCCCUUGUCUGCGGCCAUAUUUAAGAGUGAGGAGAAGAACCCAGUCCCCCAGUGCCCACCUCGGCUGGAUGUCCAAACCAUCCAGCCUGUGCUUUGGAGCCGCAUGCCCAACAGCUUCCUGAAGGUGGAGACGGAGCGGGUGAGCGAGCGCCACGGCUGGGUGGUGCAGUGCCUGCAGCCCCUGCAAAUGAUGGCACUCCACAUCCCGGAGGAGAACAGGUGCAUGGAUAUCCUGGAGCUCUGUGAGCAGGAGGAUCUCAUGCAGUUCCACUACCACACACUGAGACUGUACAGUGCCGUGUGUGCUCUGGGAAACAGUCGGGUGGCCUAUGCCCUGUGCAGCCAUGUGGACCUCUCGCAGCUGUUCUACACUAUUGACAACAAGUACCUCCCUGGCCUGCUUCGAGCUGGCUUCUAUGACCUGCUCAUUAGCAUCCACCUGGCCAACGCUAAGGAGAGGAAGCUGAUGAUGAAGAAUGAGUACAUCAUCCCCAUCACCAGCUCCACCAGGAAUAUCCGCCUUUAUCCUGAUGAGUCCAAGAGGCACGGGCUGCCCGGGGUGGGCCUGCAAACGUGCCUCAAGCCAGGCUUCAGGUUCUCCACCCCUUGCUUCAUCAUGACAGGCGAGGAGCACCAGAAGCAAGGCCCUGAGAUCCCCCUGGAGACUCUGAAGACAAAGGCACUAAGCAUGCUGACAGAGGUGGUUCUCUGCAGUGGAGCUCACAUCCGAGACCCUGUCGGGGGCUCUGUGGAGUUCCAGUUCGUGCCCGUGCUGAAGCUCGUUGGAACCCUGCUGGUCAUGGGGGUGUUUGACGAUGACGAUGUCCGCCAGAUCCUGCUCCUGAUUGACCCCUCUGUGUUUGGGGAGCGUGGUGAGGAAACAGAGGAAGGAACAGAAACAGAGGAAGUGACUCAGGUAGAGGAGAAAGCCAUGGAGGCUGGGGAAAAAGCCAGUAGGGAGGCACCAGUCAAAGGCCUGUUGCAGACCCGAUUGCCUGAGUCUGUCAAGCUUCAGAUGUGUGAAGUCCUCAGCUACCUCUGUGACUGUGAGCUGCAACACCGAGUGGAAGCCAUCGUGGCCUUCAGUGACAUUUAUGUCUCCAAGCUGCAGGCAAACCAGAAGUUCCGCUACCAUGAGCUCAUGCAGGCCCUAAACAUGUCCGCAGCCCUGACUGCCCGGAAGACCAAGGAGUUCCGCUCACCCCCCCAGGAGCAGAUCAACAUGCUGCUUAGCUUCCACCUGGGAGAGAACUGCCCCUGUCCGGUGGAGAUCCGAGAGGACCUGUACGACUUCCACGAGGACCUCCUCCUGCAUUGCGGGGUUCCCUUGGAGGAGGAGGAGGAGGAGGAGGAGGAUGUCUCUUGGACGGGUAGACUGCGUGCCUUGGUGCACAAAAUUCGAGGCCCACCCACGCCAGAGAAGGUGCAGCCAACAGAGGAGAAGGAGAGCUGCCCUGCAACACUGAAGGAAUUAGUCUCACAGACAAUGAUCCGAUGGGCCCAGGAGAACCAGAUCCAGGAUGCAGAAUUGGUCCGGAUGAUGUUCAGCCUCCUCCGGAGGCAGUACGACAGCAUUGGGGAGCUGCUGCAGGCCCUGCGGAAAACCUACACCAUCAGCCAGGCCUCUGUGGGUGAUACCAUCAACCUGCUGGCCGCCCUGGGCCAGAUUCGCUCCCUCCUCAGUGUCAGAAUGGGCAAGGAAGAGGAGCUGCUCAUGAUCAACGGGUUGGGGGACAUAAUGAACAACAAGGUGUUUUACCAGCAUCCCAACCUCAUGCGAGUCCUGGGCAUGCACGAGACAGUGAUGGAAGUGAUGGUGAAUGUGCUGGGUACAAAGAAAUCACAGAUUGCUUUCCCAAAGAUGGUUGCAAGCUGUUGUCGCUUCCUCUGCUAUUUCUGUCGAAUUAGCCGGCAAAAUCAGAAGGCCAUGUUUGAGCACCUAAGCUACCUGCUGGAGAACAGCAGUGUGGGCCUAGCCUCCCCAUCCAUGAGGGGAUCCACCCCACUGGAUGUGGCAGCCUCCUCCGUGAUGGACAACAACGAGUUAGCACUGGGCUUAGAGGAGCCGGACCUUGAGAAGGUAGUUACCUACUUAGCAGGCUGUGGCCUACAGAGCUGCCCCAUGCUUCUGGCCAAAGGACACCCCGAUGUUGGCUGGAACCCCAUCGAGGGGGAGCGCUACCUGUCCUUCCUGAGGUUUGCUGUCUUCGUCAACAGUGAAAGUGUGGAAGAAAAUGCCAGUGUUGUGGUCAAGCUGCUCAUCAGACGCCCGGAGUGCUUUGGUCCUGCCCUGCGAGGCGAAGGGGGAAACGGCCUGUUGGCAGCCAUGCAGAGUGCCAUCAAGAUCUCUGAGAACCCAGCCCUGGACCUCCCCUCUCAGGGGUAUAAGAGAGAAGGCACAGAGGAUGGUGAAGAGGAGGAAGAGGUCGUGCAUAUGGGCAGUGCAAUUAUGUCAUUUUACUCCGCUCUUAUCGAUCUCCUCGGCCGCUGUGCUCCUGAAAUGCAUCUCAUCAAGACAGGAAAAGGGGAGGCCAUCCGGACUCGGUCCAUCCUCCGUUCCCUGGUCCCCACAGAGGACCUGGUUGGAAUCAUCAGCAUCCCCCUGAAACUCCCCUCCCUGAACAAAGAUGGUUCAGUCAGCGAGCCAGACAUGGCAGCCAACUUCUGCCCUGACCACAAGGCACCCAUGGUGCUGUUUCUGGACCGCGUUUAUGGCAUUAAGGACCAAGCUUUUCUGCUGCACUUGCUAGAGGUUGGGUUUUUACCUGACUUAAGAGCCUCUGCCUCUCUAGAUACAGUGGCCCUCAGCACCACAGAGGCUGCACUGGCUCUGAACAGGUACAUAUGCUCUUCUGUGCUCCCACUCCUCACAAGGUGUGCCCCUCUCUUUGCUGGGACAGAACACUACACCUCUCUGAUGGACUCCACGCUGCAGACGAUAUACAGGCUUUCCAAGGGACGUUCCCUCACCAAAGCACAGAGGGACACCAUAGAAGAAUGUUUGCUUGCUAUUUGCACUCACCUGAGGCCUUCCAUGCUACAGCAGCUCCUGCGAAGACUGGUUUUUGACGUGCCACAGCUCAGUGAAUACUGCAAAAUGCCUUUGAAGCUGCUGACGAAUCACUAUGAGCAAUGCUGGAAGUAUUACUGUCUGCCUUCGGGAUGGGGGAGCUACGGGCUGGCUGUGGAGGAGGAGCUGCACCUCACGGAGAAGCUCUUCUGGGGGGUCUUUGACUCCCUCUCCCACAAGAGAUACGACCCGGAUCUCUUCCGAAUGGCCCUGCCUUGUCUCAGCGCCAUUGCUGGGGCCUUGCCACCGGAUUACCUCGACACCAGAAUCACGGCCACGCUGGAAAAGCAGGUCUCCGUGGACGCAGAUGGCAACUUCGACCCCAAACCUAUCAACACGAUGAAUUUUUCCUUGCCUGAAAAAUUGGAAUACAUCGUCACCAAGUAUGCUGAGCAUUCCCACGAUAAAUGGGCCUGUGACAAGAGUCAGAGUGGAUGGAAAUAUGGAAUUUCCUUGGAUGAAAACGUGAAGACCCACCCACUGAUAAGACCCUUCAAGACAUUAACAGAGAAGGAGAAGGAAAUUUAUCGCUGGCCUGCCAGAGAGUCUCUGAAAACUAUGCUGGCUGUGGGCUGGACUGUGGAGAGGACCAAAGAAGGAGAAGCUUUGGUUCAACAACGGGAAAAUGAAAAACUUCGAAGUGUGUCGCAGACCACCCAGGCCAACAGCUACAGCCCUGCUCCCCUCGAUCUCUCCAACGUCAUGCUCUCCAGGGAGCUCCAGGGCAUGGUGGAGGUGGUGGCUGAGAACUAUCACAACAUCUGGGCCAAGAAGAAGAAGUCAGAGCUGGAGACCAAAGGUGGUGGCAGUCAUCCUCUCUUGGUACCGUAUGACACCUUGACUGCCAAGGAGAAGUUCAGAGACCGAGAGAAGGCACAGGACCUGUUUAAAUUCCUCCAAGUGAACGGCAUCUUAGUCUCUAGAGGUGUGAAGGAUAUGGAGCUGGAUGCCUCCUCCAUGGAGAAGAGGUUUGCCUAUAAGUUUUUGAAGAAGAUCCUGAAGUAUGUCGACUCUGCUCAGGAGUUUAUUGCCCACUUAGAAGCCAUUGUGAGCAGUGCGAAAACCGAGAAGUCUCCCCACGACCAGGAAAUCAAGUUCUUUGCCAAAGUGCUCUUGCCACUGGUUGACCAGUACUUCACCAACCACCGCCUCUACUUCCUGUCAUCACCCUUGAAGCCGCUGAGCAGCAGUGGGUAUGCCUCCCACAAGGAGAAAGAAAUGGUGGCCAGCCUGUUCUGCAAACUCGCUGCUCUUGUUCGACACAGGAUCUCCCUCUUUGGGAGCGAUUCUACUACCAUGGUGAGCUGUCUUCACAUCUUAGCGCAGACACUUGACACAAGGACAGUCAUGAAGUCUGGCUCGGAGCUUGUCAAAGCUGGCCUGCGAGCAUUCUUUGAGAAUGCUGCAGAAGACUUGGAGAAGACUUUGGAAAAUCUGAAGCUCGGGAAGUUCACUCAUUCCAGAACGCAGAUCAAAGGCGUCUCUCAGAACAUUAACUACACCACUGUGGCUCUGCUCCCCAUCCUGACGUCCAUCUUCGAGCACAUUGCCCAGCAUCAGUUUGGGGUGGACCUACUCUUGAACGACAUGCAGAUUUCAUGUUAUCACAUACUGUGCAGCCUCUACUCCCUCGGGACAGGAAAAAACAUCUAUGUGGAAAGGCAACGUCCUGCCCUUGGAGAAUGUCUCGCUUCACUGGCAGCUGCUGUCCCUGUGGCAUUCCUGGAGCCCACCCUCGACUGCUACAAUCCCCUCUCGGUCUUCAACACCAAAACCCCCAGGGAGAGGUCCAUUCUAGGGAUUCCAGACAUGGUGGAAGAGAUGUGUCCUGACAUCCCACAGCUGGAAGGCCUGAUGAAGGAGAUCAAUGACCUGGCUGAGUCGGGGGCUCGGUACAUGGAGAUGCCCCAUGUCAUCGAGGUGAUCCUGCCCAUGCUCUGCAAUUACCUGUCCUACUGGUGGGAGCGGGGGCCUGAGAGCCUGCCCCCCAGCACCGGGCCCUGCUGCACCAGUGUCACCUCUGAGCACCUCAGCCUCAUCCUGGGCAACAUCCUGAAGAUCAUCAACAACAACCUGGGCACUGACGAGGCCUCCUGGAUGAAGCGCAUUGCAGUGUACGCCCAGCCGAUCAUCAGCAAAGCCAGGCCUGACCUGCUACGGAGCCAUUUCCUCCCCACCCUGGAGAAACUGAAGAAGAAGGCCAUCAAGACAGUGCAGGAAGAGGAACAGCUGAAGGCUGACAGCAAGGGGGACACCCAGGAGGCUGAGCUGCUCAUCCUGGACGAGUUUGCCAUCCUCUGCAGAGACCUCUAUGCCUUCUACGCGAUGCUGAUACGCUACGUGGACAACAACAGAUCUAACUGGCUCAAAAGCCCAGACACUGAUUCUGACCGGCUCUUCUGCAUGGUGGCAGAGGUCUUCAUCCUGUGGUGUAAAUCUCACAACUUCAAGAGGGAAGAGCAAAAUUUUGUGAUUCAGAAUGAAAUUAAUAAUUUGGCAUUUUUAACUGGAGACAGCAAAAGCAAGAUGUCAAAAUCUGGAGGUCAGGAUCAGGAGCGGAAGAAGACAAAGCGGAGGGGAGACUUGUAUUCCAUCCAGACAUCACUCAUCGUGGCUGCACUCAAGAAAAUGCUCCCCAUUGGUCUGAACAUGUGCACUCCGGGCGACCAGGAGCUGAUCUCACUCGCCAAGUCCCGAUACAGCUACAGGGACACUGACGAAGAGGUCAAGGAGCACCUGCGGCACAACCUGCACCUGCAGGAAAAGUCUGAUGACCCAGCGGUAAAAUGGCAACUGAACCUCUACAAGGAUGUUCUGAGGAAUGAAGAGCCUUCAAAUCCAGAGAAGACAGUGGAGCGUGUGCAGAGAAUUUCAGCAGCUGUCUUCCACCUGGAGCAGGUGGAGCAGCCUUUGAGAUCCAAGAAGGCUGUCUGGCACAAACUGCUGUCCAAGCAACGGAAGCGGGCAGUGGUGGCCUGUUUCAGGAUGGCUCCUCUCUACAACCUGCCCAGGCACCGCUCUAUUAACCUCUUCCUCCAUGGCUACCAGAGAUUCUGGAUAGAAACAGAGGCGUAUUCCUUUGAAGAGAGUCUAGUACAGGAUUUGGCUAAAUCUCCCAAGGUGGAAGAAGAGGAGGAGGAAGAGACGGAAAAGCAACCUGACCCACUUCAUCAGAUCAUUCUCCACUUUAGCCGCAAUGCUCUCACAGAGAGGAGCAAAUUGGAAGAUGACCCUUUGUACACCUCAUAUUCCAGCAUGAUGGCCAAGAGCUGUCAGAGUGGCGAGGAAGAAGAAGAGGAAGACAAGGAAAAAACAUUUGAAGAGAAAGAGAUGGAGAAGCAGAAAACUCUGUAUCAGCAAGCUCGGCUGCAUGAGCGCGGGGCUGCAGAGAUGGUCCUUCAGAUGAUAAGUGCCAGCAAAGGUGAGAUGAGCGCUAUGGUGGUGGAGACGCUGAAGCUGGGAAUUGCCAUUCUGAAUGGAGGCAACACUGGUGUGCAGCAGAAAAUGCUAGAUUACUUAAAGGAGAAAAAAGAUGCUGGAUUCUUUCAAAGCCUUUCUGGUCUCAUGCAGUCUUGCAGUGUCCUUGAUUUGAAUGCAUUUGAGAGACAGAAUAAAGCAGCAGGCCUGGGCAUGGUUACUGAAGAAGGAACACUCAUUGUUCGUGAGCGUGGUGAAAAAGUGCUGCAGAGCGACGAGUUCACACGAGACCUUUUUAGAUUCCUCCAGCUGCUUUGCGAAGGCCAUAACAGUGACUUCCAGAACUUCCUGCGGACUCAGAUGGGCAACACCACCACGGUGAAUAUCAUCAUCAGCACAGUGGACUACCUUCUGCGUCUGCAGGAAUCAAUCAGUGAUUUCUACUGGUACUACUCAGGAAAGGACGUCAUUGACGAGUCAGGACAGCACAAUUUUUCUAAAGCCCUGGCAGUCACUAAGCAGAUUUUCAAUUCUCUUACGGAAUACAUACAGGGCCCCUGCGUUGGGAACCAGCAGAGCCUGGCCCACAGCAGGCUGUGGGAUGCCGUGGCCGGCUUUCUCCAUGUGCUUGCCAACAUGCAGCUGAAGCUCUCUCAGGAUUCCAGUCAGAUCGAGCUGCUGAAGGAACUCUUGGAUCUCCUUCAGGACAUGGUGGUGAUGCUUCUGUCCCUCCUGGAAGGAAAUGUGGUAAAUGGAACAAUUGGCAAGCAGAUGGUGGAUACACUAGUAGAGUCGUCUACCAAUGUAGAAAUGAUCUUGAAAUUCUUUGACAUGUUCUUGAAACUUAAAGACCUAACCAGCUCAGACACCUUCAAAGACUAUGACCCAGAUGGUAAAGGGAUUAUCUCCAAAAAAGAAUUCCAGAAGGCCAUGGAAGGGCAGAAGCAGUACACACAGUCAGAGGUUGACUUUCUCCUCUCGUGUGCAGAGGCUGAUGAGAAUGACAUGUUUAAUUACAUUGAUUUUGUAGACCGGUUCCAUGAGCCUGCCAAGGACAUAGGGUUUAAUGUGGCAGUGUUACUGACGAAUCUGUCUGAACACAUGCCAAAUGAUUCCCGCCUGAAGUGUCUAUUGGACCCUGCAGAAAGUGUGCUGAAUUACUUUGAACCAUACCUCGGACGAAUUGAGAUCAUGGGCGGUGCCAAGAAAAUCGAGCGUGUUUAUUUUGAGAUCAGCGAAUCCAGUCGAACUCAGUGGGAGAAGCCCCAAGUGAAGGAAUCGAAACGACAGUUCAUUUUUGAUGUUGUCAAUGAAGGUGGAGAGCAAGAAAAGAUGGAACUCUUUGUGAACUUUUGUGAGGACACGAUCUUCGAAAUGCAGUUAGCAUCACAGAUCUCUGAAUCCGAUUCAGCUGACAGGCCGGAGGAGGAGCAGGAGGAGGAUGAAGACACUUCCUAUGAGCUAGAAACUGAGGGGGACGAGCCGGAAGACAAGUCUUUUGAGUCUGCCUCCGCCUUUGCCAUGGCCUGUGCCGCAGCAAAGAGGAAAGUUGCCAACUUUCUGAGGAGGGCAACCCUGAAGAACCUCAGGAAGCAGUACAGGAACGUGAAGAAAAUGGCAGCAAAGGAGCUGGUGAAGGUGUUCUUCUCUUUCUUCUGGACACUGUUCCUGGGCCUGUUCCAGUUGCUCUUCACCAUAUUGGGAGGAGUCGUUCAGAUCCUCUGGAGCACAGUGUUCGGAGGGGGCCUUGUGGAAGGGGCAAAGAACAUCAGAGUGACCAAGAUCCUGGGUGACAUGCCUGACCCAACCCAAUUUGGGAUCCACGAAGAUGCCAUGGAUGCUGAGAGGACAGAAGGAACAGAGCCGGGGAUCACUGUGGAGCUGGGUUACUUCACAAAGGGGGAAAAGGGAGAAACAGACAUCAUGUCAGACCUCUUUGGACUCCACUCAAAGGAAGGUGUCUUAAAGCAUGGGCCUGAAGUGGGUUUGGGUGACCUGUCUGAUAUUGUUGGCAAGGAUGAGCCCUCUACAUUAGAGAGCACUGUACAGAAGAAGAGGAAAGCCCAGGCAGCAGAGAUGGAGGCAGCACAUGGAGCAGAAGGAAAAACGGAAUCUGAGAAGGCAGACAUGGAAGACAGAGAAAAGGAGGACGAUGUCAAAGAAGAGGGGCAAGUGGAGCCCCUGUGGGCAGCAGGGACAAAGAAGAAGAAGCGGCGGCAUGGUCAGAAGGUGGAGAAGCCUGAAGCCUUCAUGGCCAAUUUCUUUAAAGGGAUGGAAGUCUAUCAGACCAAGUUGCUGCACUACCUGGCCAGGAAUUUCUACAACCUGCGGUUCCUUGCUCUGUUUGUAGCCUUUGCUAUCAACUUCAUCCUGCUCUUUAUAAGAAGGAAAAUGGAAAUCUGUAGCCAGGUCACUGAAGAGCCUUUAGAAGAAGAGACAGAGGAUGUUGCAAACCUGUGGAACUCCUUUAAUGACGAGGACGAGGACGAAGCGAUGGUGUUCUUUGUCCUUCAGGAGAGCACUGGGUAUAUGGCACCCACGCUGCGCGCCCUGGCUGUGGUCCACACCGUCAUCUCUCUGGUCUGCGUGGUGGGCUAUUACUGCCUGAAGAGCUCAGCGGCGGCCUUUGUUCGAGCACCCGGAGCGGGUCAGGGGCCUCCUGCGAGCUGCGGGGUGCUGUGCGCCGCUGCUCCCCGCGCUGAGCCUCGGCGAGAGGCUGGCUCCGCGCCGCGGAGGCUGAGCCAGGAGCGGGAGGAGGGGGACAAGGAGGAGAAGCGCAGCGGCUUCGGCGCUCAGGCGCCGCCGGGGACGGGCGUGGAGGCCGAGCGCGAGCGCGCCGCCUCGGAGCCAUGGCCGAAGGCGGCGAAGGAGGCGAGGAUGAAAUCCAGUUCCUGCGGACCGCGCCCCCCGCACGGGGAUCCGACCGCGUGUACCGUGCUGGGACUCACCGCGCGGGAGCGAAGCCACCAGCUCAGCCCUCUCCCUAAGUCUAAGCUGGCCUCUGCCGCGGAGCCCAACUUGGCUGACUGCGCCGGGCCAGAGCCGCGGCUUCGGCUCCAGCUCCCGCUAGCCCCGCAGGCUGGGGAAACCCCGGCUUGGCUCCGCGUCACUCGGGUCCGCUUCCUGGCACCCGAAGGCGAUGCUCCGCCCCAGAUUUUGGGAGGGGGGAGUCGAUUGCAGCUAG